AGAUGGCUAACUUACCUUAUUUCUUACGUUCGAUUAUGACGCGUCUGAAUUAGCUAAAUAUAUUUAUCCAUGUGGCUAAAAUAAACAUUUAUUCUGAGAUUUACAGCUUAAAUGGAAGUCCCACCAGUUGAUAGAACUUCGAAACAUAUCCGUGGAUUGAAUGUUCAGUCCAAGGUUGACAGAAGCGGCGGAAGAUGUGAAAUUUCAAGUGAAGUGAAGACGGAUAUAGAGUACUUGUGUGAAGCAGUGCCCCAGCUUUCAAAAUAUUUUCACAUUGUCGACAAAAUCGGUGAAGGGACGUUUAGCACUGUGUACCUGGCCGAAGCCCAGAUGACAAGUGGGGCCAAAGAGAAGUUUGCUCUGAAACACCUCAUCCCUACCAGCCACCCAAUGCGCAUAGCAGCUGAACUGCAAUGUUUGACCAUGGCAGGGGGAAAAGAAAAUGUCAUGGGUGUAACUUACUGCUUCAGAAAAGACGACCAUGUGGUCAUUGUUAUGCCUUACUUGGAACACCAAGCCUUUGUGGACAUCCUGGGCUCCAUGAGUUUCGAAGAAGUGCGACGGUAUACAUUUCACUUGCUGAAAGCCCUCGCUCACAUCCAUCGAUUUGGCAUCAUCCACCGUGACAUCAAGCCAAGUAACUUCCUGUACAACCGACUGCAGAAGAAGUUCGCUCUGGUGGACUUUGGCCUGGCGCAGGGCGCCCCCGACACGGAGAUCGAGCUCCUCAAGGUGCUGAAGAAGAGGCCCCAGCAGCCCGGCUCCUGUGCGGGCAGCCAGCCUUCCGCCUCCGUGGGGAAUAAGGGACCGCACGGCAGGGCCCCGUCCCGAGAUCCCACGCCACAUUCCUCCACAAAACCACCUGCUAAGAGAGCCCUGUCGCACGCACGGACUAAACCCCUCAAGGAUUCGAUGGCUGUCAGUCCGGCGCAGAGGUCGGUGUUCGGAGAGAGAAACCUGAACAGCCUCCAUCCUAACGAGGCUGCGGUCGUCAAGGUAACGCUGGUGAGACCCAGCAGGGUGGAGGACGUGGCGGCCCGGAGGAUGGCCCCGCCCAGGCGCCGGCCUGCUCCGGCGGGGACGCCGGCCGGCGCCAACAAGCCCAAAGCCAGCGACCUGAGCCACGGGCUGACCUGCAACUGCUACGCCACGGACCGGGUCUGCAACGUCUGCCUCGCCAGGAAGCAGCAGGUCGCCCCCAGGGCAGGGACCCCUGGAUUCAGAGCGCCCGAGGUCCUCACGAAGUGCCCCAGUCAGGGAACAGCGAUUGACAUGUGGGCCGCCGGCGUCAUUCUGCUCUCCCUUCUGAGCGGCAGAUACCCUUUUUUCAAAGCCAGCGACGAUUUAAUUGCUCUGAUGCAGAUCAUGACCAUCCGAGGAUCCAAGGAAACGAUACAGGCCGCUAAGAAGUUUGGGAAGUCGGUGCUGUGUAGCCGUGAUCUUCCAGCCCAGGACCUGAGGACCCUGUGCGAGACGCUGAGGGGCACCAGGCCCUGCGCGGGCGGGACGGCCCCAGACCACCUGCAGCCCCCCCUGAACGGCGGCGCUGAGGGGAAGGAGGACCCCGGCCUCUCCGGGAGCCCGCUGAAACAGCGCCGCCUGCUGGACGGUGCCAGGCGGGCACGCACGAGCAGGACUGACCUCACCCCCGCCGCCACAGCGCCCGUGGACAUGAAAGGCUGGGACCAGGUGCCGGACGAAGCCUACGACCUCCUGGACCGGCUGCUGGACCUCAACCCGGCCACCAGGGUCACCGCUGCCAAGGCCCUGCUGCACCCCCUCUUUAAAGACCUCUGAGCCCCAUAAGCUGUGGAGAGGGAUGAGCUGUGUUUCGGUUCAGGAUCGGGAAGGGCUUUUUCUGUGAUGUGGUUUUAUUUUUAAUUAUUAUUAAUUUAUUUAUUUUUAAACUUGGGCCCUGUUCCUCCAGUCCUUUGGCCUAGUGAGUUCACUACUUACCUGAAGCAAGGCUAGUGAAGCGAGCUGAAAAUAACCUGCCGGCCUAGUGAGUUCACUACUUACCUGAAGCAGGGCUAGUGGAACGGGCUGUAAACGACUUGCCGGCUCCCUACCCUCAGUGUUCUUCAACAGGCGUGUGGUGGAAGCUAGGCCACAGACUUCCCCUCUUUGUUUUAUGUUUGUUUGGACUCUUUUAAAUGAGCUGUUUUAAACUACUGCCUUUUGAUGUAUGCAACUGAAUUUUAUCUGUGUGUGUUUUCUGAACCGUGUUAUUAGUCCUAUUAAAAUUUCAUUUUCAUUAUAAA